UCUCUCAUCUCUCUCUCUCUCGCUUCCCUCUCCUCUCUCAUGGCGGAUCGCACCAAGGUUGGCUUAGCUGCAUGCGACUUCCUCCUGUUGAAUUGCUUCUCCAGCAACUUUACCAGUGUAGAAUCUGUGAUUGAGAAGGGCUGUACUGCUCAAUGUCCACCACAACUGCAGCUACCUGGAUCAAAUCUCCAUUUGAUGGCUGGAAAAAUACUGAUUUUUCUAGCAUAAGCUUUAGAUGCCGUAGCCCUUUUGGAGCCUGCCAUUCCUACUCAUUAGCGAAUGGACAGGAUUUGUCUCUUUCCAAAGUUCGGGUAGCUGCAGACUAUUCAGAUUCGCUGCCCGAUUCAUCUAAGUAUGCGGGAAAUCAAGGCUAUCAUCCUCUUGAAGAAGUGAAAAAGCAGGAAAAGAAUAAGGAUAUGUUGCUCACAGAUGCAGAAACAGCUAGGACUAUUGUAGAGUCCAAUGGAAAGGCAUUGAUUUUAUUUCCUGGAAGGGUGCAUUGUGAACCUCAUGGACAUGUUACAUGGUCUGAAUUUCACUUUGUUGUUGAUGACUAUGGAGAUAUUUUCUUUGAAUUACUCGAUGACUGGAACUUGUUGCAAGAUCCCAACGCAAACAACCCUGUGGCAGUUCUAAUUGGAAUGGACAUCCCGAUUAGCGGAGAGAAUAGGAUAUUUAACAGUGAUUUCGACGAUUACAUGGAUGAUGACAGUGUGAUGGACAUAUUGUUUGAUGAUUAUGAUGAGGUUGAUGAUACAGACAUAACUGAUGUUCUUAUAAAAUGGGGAAUGCCAGAUACUUUGCGCCGCAUACAUCCUAGGUAUUUUGCAAGGUGUUUGACGAAGGCUGUUAAUUCCAAGCAUGGGAAGAAGAUGGACCGGCCAUCAAAUGGUCUUUCUAUCAUGGGUUGUCUUAGACCUGCUUUUGUAGAUGAAGAAUCUUAUUUAAGGAGGUUGUUCCACCACGAUGAUGAUGGCUAUUUAUCUGAUUGGAGAGAUGGAUAUGAAAGAGAAGAGGAAGAAGUGGCUAGGUCCUAUGACUUCACUGGCGGUGAAAGAUGGAGAUUUAUUCCUAAAGGUGGUCGAAGUAGUAUAAACUCCACAAUCUACAAACUUGAAAUAAUGACCAUGGAGCUGUUGUCUGUCUAUGGGAACAAGUCCAUGAUUGAUUUGCAAGAAUUCCAAGAUGCAGAGCCUGACGUUCUAGCAAAUUCUGCUUCAGCAAUUAUAGAACGCUUUAAUGAAUACGGGACCCAAUGUAAUACUGCUCUUAAAGCUCUGUGUCGCAGGAGGAAGGGCCUCACUGUUGAGAGAGCAAAGCUAAUUGGUGUUGAUAGUCUUGGCAUGGACGUGAGAGUUUUUUCUGGAAUGGAAGCUCAAACUCUUCGAUUUUCAUUUAAUGCAAGAGCUAUGUCUGAAAGUGUAGCCGAGAAGAAGAUUAAACGGAUGCUUUUUCCUCGCUAUCACCGCAAGAACCUAAAAGCUCCUGGUGAUGACUUGAGAGAAUUUUAAUCCUUCAUAGUUGUUUUCUUUGUUUUUUUAAUUCAAAUAUAACAAGGUUCAUCUUUGAAUAAGUUAUUGACCAGUGUAACCUAUUUUUCGAGGUAUCGGUUUCACUUUGUGGUGAUCUGCAAUAAUGCAUGCCUUGUUGCUAACUGACAUAGCUCAAAAGAACAGUACUCUACCUCCAGGGAACUUGCCAGGGACUAGUGAAGAUCUCAUCUUAACACUUGCUUGGUUCAAGGAUUACAUUUGAGUUUCUAAAACUAUGACUAACAUCUUUUCUGUAAGAAUUCUUUACUGCUGCUAAAUUACUGUAAAAAAAAAUUUUGCUCAUGGAUGUUUCCGAACUAAUGGUUGAUCUGAUUCUUUUUGUUAUUUGUUCA